AUCUAUGGUUAGACCACAGACUGGUUAGACAGACACAGUUAAAGAGAAGUGGUCAGUGGUGUGUUAAACGUGUGGGGUUCCUAAGUUGAACCUGAACUACCUCCCUGCUUUUAAUCAAUUGGUUUAAAUGGCAAACUUGAAAAUCCAUUCAAAUCCAAUCUGUUAAAGAAGAAAGAAACCAUUGUUAUCAACUCUUGAAGAAAAUAUCAGGAACAUAAUCAGCACGCACUAAGGCACAACUAUGGCUGACAUAAGGUCGAAUGGCUUAAAUAGGAGCUUGUUUAAAAAGUCAGUCGAUGUUCAAAAGUUCUUUUAUCCAAGGUCACAUUUGAUCAAUGAAUGGUUUCUCACCACUCAGGGUCGUUGUAAAGAAAAGUGCACUCCAGUUGAAACUGAAAAUGUACCUAAGACUUGUAGUGAACCGAAAUGGAAUGCAUACAUGGAUUUUUUCGAAAAAGAUGCGUUUUCUGCCGAAUCUAGCAAAAGAGAGGGGCCUUCGAGAUUCACCGCCUUAAAAGGCAAAUUCCGAUUCGACGAAGAUAAUCCCCUUAAGGACAAACAUUAUCGACCCCGUGAAUAUAUGCUAAAUAAAUGGGAAAGCCGUGAUAAUCCAUUCUGUAACGAACAUCCACUUAUGACUUUGAAUCGGUUGUUUUCCGUUGUUGAUGCGAAUGAGAUCGGAUCCUCUACGAAAAUUCCAUUUCAACAAGGGGGUAAAUGUUCCAAGGCAGACAGACCGAACGACUUUAGAUCGGACGGUUUCUUCCGAUCGAGGAUUUGUGGCAACAAUGUCAACUUGGUGACUCUACAGGUCAAUGGAGAAAGCUCGCAUCAUUUGGUUUUCUCUCGCUUCAAGAGUUUAAUACGGGAAAACGAUAUCGCGAAUGAGAAGGCUUUCCGCAACUACAAAAAUCCACUGCGUAUCAUAACCGAUGAAGAAUUUCUCAACUGGCCAUUUGGAAAUACCGCAUUUGUUUCUAAGAACAAAUGCGAUAUUUCGAACGCAGAAACAGACGAUUCGCUAACAAUUGAAAAAAACAUUAUGCAGUCUAUGCUCUAUUUGGAGGAGGACGAGGAGGAGGAGAAAGAGAAGGAAGAAACUUUGCCAUCGCCAAACAAAUAUUUUAAACCUUUGGACGUGCUGUUAAGGGAAGACCAAUUGAAUGAAAGAAAUAUGGAUUCUUUCCCUGACGGGACAUAUUUUAAUGUUAAAAGCGACUUUGAUACGCUGAAUUUUCAAAGGUCCCCUUCUGGGUCGCUCUUGUUGGAAUCGGAAUGUGGCAAAGUAACCAAAUACUUAGAGUAUAAAUAUCAGUCACCUACGGAUGAAUUCAUGCGGUUGCCAAGAUUUCGACAGUCUAGUGGUUAUCAAGAGUUUAAAGUGAAAUAUCCUGUUUCAAUAAAUGAUAAGGCUACACAAACCGGCGAUGAUGGUGAUAUCGUCGAAAAUAUGUUCUGCCCGUCAGCAAGAAAUGCAUCCACCCCAUUACCUGACGCUGUCACUGCGAGUUAUUUGGAAAACGAAAAUUCCAAUGCGUCUACAAGUAGUUCGUUCUCUGACGAUUUCCAAGCAGUUGCUGAACUGAAAACACUGCUUAAGGCCGAAGACGAUGAUGACUCCAAAGAAGUUAAUUCAGUUUGUUCACGUUGCGCUUUAUGGUCAAAGAAGUCUUCGCUGAGUGACGCAGGGAUUGACGUAGGGAGUGACACAGGGAGUGACACGGAGAGUGACACAAGUGACGGCACUUCGCUAUAUGAAGAGAUGGAUGAAUUUUGCAAAUGUUCUGCGAAAAGGACCUAUUUCAUGCGUAUCGUCUAUAAGAAAUUCAGCAGUCGAAGAAUGUUUGGAUUUCAUUGAGUCGCUAGAUGAGAGACAAGUUGAGACUGAAAUAAGUGAUGAAGACGGUGGUGGACAUAGGUAAAUGUGAAAAUAAUUCGACUAGAUUUUUGUUAUUAACUCAUCCAGUAAGCUCGUCCGUUGUUCAAUAGCGUUGUAAAAGUUGAAAUAGGAAAUCUUUCCAAUAGUGUAACGUCACAAAUCUCGUUGCAUCGUGGCAGUUUGGAACGUGGUUUUUUGCCUUAAUUUUAAUUCGCCUAAGGUUGUCGAAACGAGUGUUCAGCGACGCUGCUUACCAGUUAUUUCAAAAUUGUUUUAUGUUAAAACAAUUUCGGAAUUGGCGUUGGGCCGACAGAUUUUUGGUUGGCUUUCCUUUGGAUGCCAUGCAACAAUAAGAUCUGCCGUAUUAAUUUUAGUGCAGACACAUGAAUCCGCCUUUAUCUCAAGGCUGUCAUGAAACAAAUCUGUCCUGGUCCAUGCUUCUGUUACUAGCAUAUACGUUUUAUUUCGUUUUUUAGUAUAAGACAAGUAACCUGUUUACUAUUCAGGUUUUAUUUUAAAAGCAAUGGGCAAUUCCCAUACCUACAUGAUUAAAUGGUUCCAUUUAAGGAAUCACGUAGCCUAUUCGCAGAUUCCACAAAGCAAUCAUUUUAUAUCCACAUGCUUUGUUGAAUCGAACCAGAUCCAAUAUUUGUUGUACGUUAUUUCUUUUAUGUUAAAACGUAUGCUUCCAGAUCUUUUCGUUAAAUUAAGUUUUAAAGACUAUGCUCUAAAGCAUACUACAAUUUACUUAAAUUUAUAAUAGAAGUAAAACGCAAAGGCGGUUAUUUACCUCAGUAUAUGUAUAUGUUUAAGCGACUAUUAACGAUCACCCGUUUUAGUUCUCAGUAUGUCGAGGUACUUUAUGCGCUUCUGAGCAUUGGUUGGCAGUAUAGCUACCUUAAAAAUUUGGAAUACCUCCUGAGAACAAAUUGUGAUCGAACAAUUAUUUUACUAAGUUAUCAAAUUUCAAUAACUGUUUUCUAAGACUUUGUUGUUUUUACCUUUGUAAGACCUUUAAUUUAGUGUUAUUACACUCUGUAGUUGAUCCCUAUCACUUUGCAUCGUUAGUUUUCGUCUAUGCAAACAGUUAUUGCGCACAAAAAUGUUUUAAUUCAGUUGUACCAAUUUAAACCCUUUCUGUACAUCUAAUAUAUUUACAUGAAAGUUUCUCUAAAUUUUCCUUAUGCUGUGCGUUAUUAUAGGUUGUUUCUGAUAUUUA